AUGGGCAUCAGGGGGGAUUUGCACCCACAAGAUUCAAAAGGGAAACAUUUCUUGCCACCAGCACCUCAUACACUAAAGAAGGAAGAAAAACAGCUUUUUUGUAAGCGAUUACAACAAUUAAAGCUACCAGACGGCUAUAGUUCCAACAUUGGGACACAUAUAUCAUUGGAUGAAUGCAAGGUUGUAGGCUUGAAAUCUCAUGAUUAUCAUGUCCUAAUGCAACAAUUACUACCGGUAGCGUUACGGGGAAUUCUACCAAAGGCUGUAAGGAAUGCCAUAUUUCGCCUAUGCGCAUAUUUUAAUGAAGUAUGCCAAAGGGUGAUUGAUAGGAACUCAAUGGAAAGACAGGAAAAUGAAAUUGCUGAGACAUUGUGUAUGUUAGAAAGAUUUUUUCCUCCAUCUUUUUUCGACAUUAUGGUUCACUUGACUAUUCACAUCGCACGCGAAGCUUGUAUUUGUGGACCAGUACAAUUUCGUUGGAUGUACCCAUUUGAGAGGAUGAUGAAGGUUUAUAAAGGAUAUGUUAGAAAUAGGGCGAGACCUGAAGGAUGCAUAGCUGAAGGCUAUUUGGCUGAUGAGUGUGUGAAAUUUUGUAGUGAGCACAUCAAACAAGCUUCUAAAAUGGGGGUGAGACAUUCUCGAAAUGAGGAUUUUAAAGAGGUGGAACCGUACACAGGUGCAGUUGGUAAUGAUGUGUCCGAUACACUAAUGUGUCUUGCAAAUGGGCCUAGAAGAGAAGUCAUUUCACAUUCGGGAUAUAUUAUUAAUGGACAACGAUUUCACACCAAGGAUGUGGAGAUAAGCACACAAGAUAGUGGUGUUUCGCUUGAAGCGGAAAUUAUAUGUCAAUCUAGUGCAAGAGAUACAAAUCAAGUUCUAGGAAAAGUAUCUUACUAUGGUGUUUUAAAAGAUAUACUUUUGUUAGAUUACCACACAUUUAAAGUGCCAAUCUUUGAUUGUGAGUGGGCAAACAUUAGAAAUGGCAUCAAAGUUGAAGAUGGAUUUGUAUUAGUUAACCUUCAUGAAGGUCAAAGUCAGUUUCAAAGUGAUCCUUUUAUUCUUGCUUUACAGGCUAAGCAAGUUUUUUAUUCAAGGGAAGAUGAAACAUCUAAUUGGUAUGUUGUACUUAAAGCGCCGCCAAGAAGUUUUAAUGACUUGGAGUCUUUUGAAGAAAAUAGUUAUGUGUCUUCUAUGCCAUUAGAUGUAUCAAGAUUGGACUCAAAUGAUGAUGAUGAUGGCAAUGAAGAGUAUGUGCGGUUGGAUUGUGAGGGCAUGACCGUGUCGAUAUAUUAA